CGACCGUGCCGUAGAUGUGCCUAACCGCUAGGUUUGUGAAAAUGAAGCGAAGAAGAAGUUAUUUCUCUUAAGUAAAACGCCAAGGUUCCCCGGAGGAGGACUGCGUCUACAACCAUCAUCUUUAUAAGUGGUAAACUUAGCGGUACUUUUGAACUUUUAUGCCCUUUGAAAUGAUGAAGCUCAAGUCAAACCAAACCCGGACAUACGACGGGGAUGGCUACAAGAAGCGGGCCGCCUGUCUGUGUUUCAGGAGCGAGACUGAGGAGGAGGUGCUGCUGGUGAGCAGUAGUCGACAUCCCGACAAGUGGAUAGUUCCUGGAGGGGGAAUGGAGCCCGAGGAGGAGCCCAGUGUUGCUGCUGCUCGAGAAGUGUGUGAAGAGGCCGGUGUGAAGGGGACUUUAGGUCGCUUAGUUGGAGUAUUUGAGAACCAAGAGAGGAAACACAGAACCUACGUCUACGUUCUUAUUGUAACAGAGUUGCUGGAGGACUGGGAGGACUCAGUCAACAUUGGGAGAAAAAGGGAUUGGUUUAAAAUAGACGAUGCCAUGCAAGUGUUGCAGUGUCACAAGCCUGUGCAGGCCACCUACUUCGAGGCUCUCCAGGAGAGUUGCCCGACCAGUAAUGGAACACCUUUGGUGGCGACGAUAGGCGGGGACCUUUCCCCUACCUACAGCAUCAAUCAGAGCUCCGUCUCGAGUAUCAGAUAACUAAAACCCUAACUCUGACACCUCCGGGAGUUUUCGCCACCACUUGCGCUCUUACUUGUGUCAUUUCUCUUCUCUGUUCUUUUUUUCCUCUUCUGUCUAAAUAACAUGGUUUGCCUUGCCAACUCCUUUGUGCCAGAACUGUGGCACAGACCUGAUGACAAGUGUUGGGUGAAUAGUCUGAAAACACUUUGUAAAUGUCAUUUUGACUCCUAUCUUUUGUUUUUUUUCUUUUUACUGACAACUGCAUGAAAUGUCUCCUCGCUCCCCUCAUUCUCUUUCCUUAACGCGCCCUUAGCGUGGUGUUUAUUGAAUGCAAGAACUACUUUUUACUGUUGUAAUGAACAAGUGUACACUUAGUGCUUACGCUGAAGGCUUUUGGUGGUCUUUUUAAAGUCUCCAUUUUCUUUCAGUUCUUUCUCUGUGAAUGAAUGUGCCCAUUAGUGUACUCUCUCCGCUGUUAAUAAGGAUAGGAAAUGUUGUCUGUAUCUGAAUGAACACAUUUGUGGGAAAUGACUUGUCUUGCAUGAGCACUGUUAUGUUGUCUCUGAUCACUCGCUCGAGUGACCUGAUGCUGACUGUGCAACAGACUUGUGGUAAAGUCUUCAUUUUGCUCCUUAUCGUGGUUUUCGAUGUCUCUUGAAUCAGAAGGAUAUGGCCCCUCACUAGUUCUUCAAUUUCAAGUGUGUUUCUCUCUGAUUUCGGGAAGCUAGCCAAGCACUACAGGUUUCACUCUCAAACAGCAUAUAGACUGUAAAGAGAGACACAACGUCAAAUUACCACCUUUCUCCUCAGUGUCUUUACCUCCUUUUUUAAUUCCUUUUUUUUAUAUAUAUAUAUAUAAAUGCUUUCCUUGCAAAGUAUUCCUCCACAUACUGAGAGGGUAAAAGUAGUAGAGCAUAAAAUCAUUGAGUCUUGGUAAUUUCAAAAUGCAGCACAUAUCACUUAAGUUAUUAAAACCCAUUUCCAUAUUUAACUCCUCACAUUCAGUUUGGUUAAAAGCAAUUGUUUACACUGUUUCUAACAGCACAUGUGACUAGUGGGCACUUAUGGUCAUGGUAUUUUAUUUUUUUUUUUAUUUUUUUUUUUCACCCAUCCUUUUUAAGUAUAGUAUUUAAUCGGCAUCCCCAAAAACACUCAAAGCACCUGCUCAACAUCGAAAGUAAUGGAAUCUAUAACGCUGAUGCAGAACAAACCAACCUUGUACAGUUUGAGACCUCGUUUUUAACUUGUAAAAUGCUUUUGGAUACUAGUUUUUGUUUUUAUGUUUUUCUCUCUAACGUCUGGCAAAAGUCUCUUUAGCCGAGCUGCGUGGCUCGGCCUCGACGUGGCAGAGCCAGCUGGCUCAAUACUGUGAAACUGGAGGCGCUGUAGAUAGCAUGUUAGAGGUUUUUAUUGUAAAUUGUUUAUUUCUGUAUAGAUCAAAGGUGAGAGUACAAAUGACAAAACACCUCUUGCACAUCUGUGGGUCUGUCAUCAUUUCAACUGAGGCUGGAAGGAGUGAUUGGCGUUGAAUUUGGAGCGGUUGGGAACUUUUUUCUUGAGAUAGCGUACAGUACAUCUGAGGCGAAAGAACAAGGCAUACGGCUGUGGUUUGAGAGAGUGAACAGGCUAGAAUAGAAUAUUCUCCAAAUCCUUCCUUUUUCAUUUAGACCAAAGCAAAUUUGUAACCGUAACUGAUACUGUUUUUCGGCCAAGCUAAAGUCUUGAGUUUCCGAACCACUACUUGGUUAGUAGUUGGACACUUUUUUUCAAGCCAGCAGCUGUUCCACUGUCCCCAGUUUGUGUGUUUUAUCAUUUUUCUUUGUUUUGAGUUUCUUUGAUCGGUCUUUCCAAAAAAAGGUAAAGAUGAUUGUGGUUUUCUGUCCAUAUUUAAACCAGUAAUAAGAAUCUUUGACCACUUGGGAACUAGGGAAAACGAGCUGUUAAACAUUGACAUAACCUGUUUUUUUUUAAGAUUAAAUGGCAAACUAGAUUUUUACACAUACAGCAUAUUUGGAGCAAACUUGGCAAAAGUUAUAUGUAUUUUAUUAAUACAUAUAAAUCAAUGAUUACCUUGGAAGCACUCAAACUACAGCUCUAAUUGGGGUUGCGCGUAUUGCUAAGACUCAUGGGAGCUGUUGUUUUUGAAUGCAAACAAAAAAAACAAUUGGUUAGUCUUGAAAUGAUGGGUGCUCAAUAUUUACUGUCCAGUACAGUAUGAGAUGGUCAUUUAACUUCGAAUGUGGACAGAAAACUCAAGCAUCAUAAUUCAGUCGACCAGAAACUGAUGAUGAUGAUGGUGGGGGGGGCGCGCUGCCUCAUGGGACAGCGGUUCCCAAACCUUUUUAUGUGAAGGACCCCUAAUCUGACACAAAUUAGACCACGCACCUUCACAGUUUGAGCCUUUGAACAGUUUUGUGGCGGCGUAUCAGAAAGGUGAGGUGGCCAAAGUCUCGCUUUAUGAUGCUCUACCCGGCACGUCGUAUGAGAGCUUGUGCUGAUUAGACCUUUAAGUCUGUAAUGAAAUGUGCAAUCGGAUGUCAUGGGGAUAAACCUUUUUGAUUUUUUUUUUUUUUUUUUUUUUUUUAAAUGUGGUUUGGAAAAAGGAAGAAAACAAAUCUAAAACCUCUUAAGUGAUUGGAUGCCAGUGACCGGUACUGUCAAAAUGAAUGUGAGGAGGAUUUCUACAAGUAACAGCCAGUGAUUUUAUUAUUAAUGACCACUUGUUCUUGAUCUAAUUUUUUUUUUUUUCUUUAAUCUGUUGUGUUAUUGACAAGCUAAUAUCUUGUACAUAGCUAACACAGCACCCUUACAGCCGGAGGACACACACUGGCGUUGGGCAAUAAGGAGUAGUGUCUUUUUUAUUAUUACAAACCACUCCCUGCUAACUUAACAUUCAGGCACUUCCUGUUAUAAGUAAAGUGAUUUGGGCUGGAGUUCAGGAGGGAAUCUAUGAAGUACACGUAUCCAUAUAAGCACGUUGGAGUUAAAAGCGUCAGACCUUCCUCCUGGGGGUAUUUUUAUUUUUAUUUUUUUCACAAUUGGCUCUUUUGAACUUGCGGGGGAGGGGGGAGCUUAAUUAAUGAUAGAACAAUUAGAGCUUCAGAUAAAGUCACUUCCUUUUUUAAUUUACAAAAGGUGAAGGGUUUAAAUAUGUAUUUCCUCAUCUUGUGGCCAAAGCAACAAAAAAUGAAAAGCACAUCACUUUGCAGCAGAGGAUUGUAACAUUCAGUUUCCUUUAGCACGAUGACUUCAAUAAUUAGAAAUGGAUUGAAAAAGCUGCUACAAGAUUACCCCAAAUACUAGUAAUUAAAUAAACUGAACAUGCGGAGCCGACCUCAGCCUUGAAGUUACAUACUUGUAAUUGUGUUCUCCAAGGUAUACGCGUCACUGGAAUUUUUCUUUUCCUCUCUGUCAUUUUGGGACUGUGGAAUUAAACCAGUGCAAGAAGACUGAAGAUUGUAAUAUAAAUGUGCCAACAAAUAAACACCAGUAUUUCACA